AUGUACAUUCUCCCUUCAAAUUUCCCGCUCACUAUAUGCCGCCCGUGCCUCUCACCUCCUACCUCCACCGCAAUCCAACCCCGUUUACCUACAAACGCCAACACACCCCAGCAAACAUUACCACUACAUACAAAUGCCACGCUCACGCCCACCCCAACUCCCCACCUUCCACGAAACCCAUCCCUCAUCUUCAACACACCACCAUGCGCCGAGCAGCAUCCUAUCACCGCCGCGCCCCCAGCGCCUACGACAGACUCACAGCAACAGCAUCGACUGGACCCAGAUCCCCAACGCCCACGAAGCUUCUGCUAG